AUAUAUAACCCUAAUUUUACAAAAUUCUGUGGACGUGGUAAAUAUUUACAAUAGCCGAUAAAAUUCAUUAAAAUUUUUACUUUUAUUCGUGAGUGAUAAAUCAGUGAAUUUUAUUAAAAAUGACGGGAUUUGACGUUGUUCCUGUUCGCGAAUUACCGGACUCUAGUCGGUGUAAGGAGUUAAUUAAUGUUUUUACCAAUAUUUACAAAAACAAACCCAGUUUUUGUGUUCGGGUGCCUGGAAGAGUAAAUUUAAUUGGCGAGCAUAUCGACUAUUGUGGAUAUUCAGUAUGUCCCAUGGCACUAGAUCAAGAUAUUUUAGUGGCUGUCUCUGUCCAAAAUGACAAGAAAUUACAGCUACACAACACCGAUCCUAAAUUUGAAGACUUUGAAUGUGAGAUUGAUACUUUUGAGAUUUCCUUGGGGGAAGGAGCCCCGCAGUGGUAUAAGUAUUUCCUGUGUGGUGUCAAAGGAAUUCUUGACACUUUACCAAAUGAGAUUGAAACAAAAGGCUUGAAACUAGUUGUAAGUGGCAACGUUCCGCUAAGAGCUGGUCUUUCGAGCAGUAGUGCCUUGGUUAGUGCAGCAGCUUUAGCAACCGCACAUUCUCAUGGGUUCCAAAUCUCCAAGGAAAAGCUGGCGACCCUUUGUGCAGAGUGCGAGCGUUACAUCGGAACACAGGGAGGAGGGAUGGACCAAGCUAUUGCAUUUUUGGCAACUGAAGGUUGUGCGAAACAUAUCGAGUUUUCACCGUUGAGAUCCCAGGAUGUAACCUUGCCAUCGAAAGCGAUUUUUGUAAUAGCCCACAGCCUAACGAGCAUGAAUAAAGCGGCCACUGCAGAUUUCAACUGCCGGGUGGUUGAAUGUAGACUGGCUACUCAGAUAAUUGCGAAAAAACAAGGACUGGAAUGGAUGAAAAUGAAGCGAUUAUCGGAACUCCAGCAAGCUCUUUCCGCCGAUCUCUCCAAGAUGAUUUCCAUCGUCGAAUCGAGUUUACACGAACAUCCCUACACGAAGGAAGAAAUCGUGACUGAACUACAAACGACUCCUCAAGUGCUCGAAGAGACAUCUCUAACCCCGAACACGAAACACAUCAAAAGUUUUAAACUGCGCCAAAGAGCGCUGCAUGUGUUUCAUGAAGCGCUCAGGGUGAAAACGUUCAUAGAGACGUGCAAGCAGCACUCCGGUGGAGGCGAUGUUUUGCCAGUAUUAGGUCGUCUUAUGUCAGAGAGUCACGAAAGCCUAAGGGAUCUUUAUGAGUGUAGUCAUCCACAAUUAGACAGGUUAGUGGAGAUAUCCAAAGAGUACACUUUAGGCACAAGAUUGACAGGAGCCGGAUGGGGCGGGUGUGCCGUUUCCCUCUUGUCCCCAGAAAACGUCGAGAAGUACACGGAGUUCCUGAAAGAAAACUAUUAUAAGGAGUUGGGAGUUACCGAAGGCUUUCAAUCAAUCCUCUUUGCUACUGCUCCCAUGGGAGGAGCGUGUAUUUAUGUUUGAGAAUGUUUUUGUUAUUGAUUGAAUUGUCAUUUCGAAAGAAAAUAUACUGUGUUUUAAUACCUCGUUCAAUCGACUGUCACUAGAAAUGGACGGUCUUAUUUUUAGAGACUUUUUGGAGAAUUUUCUUUGGGAGAAGUCUAUGAAAUUUGGCAUAGGUAUAUGAAAUGUUAUCUUGAGAUUAAACAUUAAAACAGUAUUAUAAAUAAAAUUUUUGAUUAAAAAAAUCUGGAAUAAAUAUUGUUUUCGGAAUAAAUAAUGUAUGUAUUUUCAGUACUGCUACUAGUAAUUAUACUACAUAUGUAAAUGUAAAGCUGUAAAGCCACUAAAUACAUAAGUGAAGUGAAAACCCUUUAAAUAUUAUUAAAUUGAUAUUACACGGUGGCUGAUAAUUUUAUAGAAUGUUAAAAUUUUAAGGCUUCUGUCGAGUUUUAGGAGAAUUUUGCUCUCCCUGUAGUAGAAGUUUUAGUCUCAUACAGUAGUACUAUAUACAGUAUGGGUGAUGAUAUAAGGGGAAGUCGCACCUGUGGACUGUGGAGGAAAUCUAGGACCAAUACGAGAUUUUGUGGGGCCUUUACUUCUAGGAUGAAGAAGUCGGGUAUCUUAUAACAGGGCAACUCAAGGCACAUGCUUGGUUUCAGUUUUUUGUUAUUAAAUUAUAUAAAUGAAUAAAUUAUAUAAACACGAUAUGCUGCAAAAUAAACAGUACUGAAAUGCGCAUGCCUCAACUUUGUGUCAUGCUUAGAAACAUCGUCAGCGGUUUCCGAAGGCCGUUAUAUCGUAUGUGAAUGUUGUGUUAAUGUUAGAGGCUUCAGAAUGCUUCUCAGUUUUGCAGAAAAAUUAUUUAUCGUGGAGUACUUAUAUCUACUCACGUGCAUACAGAAAAGGUCGCGAUAGCUGUCCAAUCUUAAAAUUAACAACGGUUUCAACAAGACGAGGCACAUGCUACAUGGCCUGGGAGUCUCUUCGAAUACAGCUCGAUCAUUUUUGGGAGACCGCCACUCACCAGACCUAACGCACCUGAUGCGUAAGCAUACCGAUCCACCGUCUGACAUUACGGAAUCGCGGACUCAAGAUUUUCUUCGUGCCGGAAGGCAUUUUAAACAUCUGGCUCAUCGAGAACGUUGUCGUAAAUAAUGUUUGCAAGGCUAUAUUAUCAGGUAUACUAAAUUAUAUACAGUGCUAGUCAAAAGUCCGUACCCCUCCCCUCGUAUCUUUUGAACGGUUAUACCUAUAAUAGUGAAAUUUAGAGGGAGGAAAUAAACGGACGUAAGCUUCUUAACUAGUCAUGACAGGUGACAUAAUCGUGACAUAUGACGUUACAGAGCCACUGUGACCGAUAAUUUUAAAUGAGAUCUUAUGGCAAGUGAUACCUCGUUUGAAAGGUAUUCAAAAUACUUAUUGAGUCAUACUAAUUUUUUUGGGUUUUAGUUGAUUUUGAUUUUGGUGAAUAAAUUAAAUAAAUAUAAUAUGUAUUGUAGUUUCGCAUUUAAUUAAUAAAAAUUCAAAUGUCCGCCUAUGGUGUUUUUGUCGAAAAAGUUGACGUUUUUCAAUUCUCUACGUCAACCUUUUUGUCAAGUAAUCAUAUGCGGAAUUUUGAAUUUUUAUUAAUUAAUUAAAUGCGAAACUACACUUUUAUAUUUAUUUCAUGUAUUCAUCAAAAUUAGCUUAAACUCAGACAAAAUUAGUAUCACUGAAUAGGUAUUUUCAAUAUCUUCCAAACGAGGUAUCACUUGCCAUAAGGUCCCGUUUAAAAUGAUCUGUUACAGUGGCGCUGUACAUAAAGUCAUCUGUCAUAAUUACGUCACCUGUCAUGACUAGUUAAAAAGCUUACAUCCGUUUAUUUCCUCCCUCCUAAUUUCACUAUUAUAGGUAUAACCGUUCAAAAGAUACGAGGGUGAGUACGAACUUUUGACUAGCACCGUAUAAAUAAUCAUAAACAUUUCAAUAUCCAUUUCAGUACUGUUUAUUUUGUCGCAUACUGUAUAGCUAAGUAAACUAAAUUAUAAACUACCUAUAUGAAUGGCAAUUCAAUCAAUGAUUACUAAUUUUCGGUGAAGGUAUAUUUUGUGGGCAUUAAAAGUUGUAAUUAUAAAUGUAUUAAUAGCUAAAUUUUGUAAAUCAUUUUAUUAUAAAUAAAUAUUUUAUAAAUUCGA